AUGACAUCCAAUAACCAGCAGUCUGAGAAUCCAUGGACUCCGGAGGCCUACUCAGCCUCUGCGUCGUUCGUGCCCCAAUUAACCCAGACUCUCCUCAAAUACCUCGACCCCCAACCAACAGACAAAGUCCUAGACAUUGGCUGCGGUGAUGGCAUCUUCACGGGAAACUUCCUGCCUGCCGUACAGUCAGUGCUGGGGAUUGACUCAUCACCUGCGAUGAUUGAGGCAGCCACAAGGGAUUAUGGCGGGCCCAAAGCAGAGUUUCGUAUUGUGGAUUGCCGCUUUUUGGGACAAGAGACGGCUAUUGCCGAUGGAACUUGGGAUAAGGUUAUAUCUAAUGCAGCAUUGCACUGGAUUCUGCGGGAUGAGUCCACGCGCAUGUCCACCCUUCGUGGUAUAUACAGCAGCGUCAAGCCCGGUGGAACGUAUGUUUUUGAGAUGGGUGGUCACGGAUGUAUAGCAGAAGUGAUGACGGCUGUGUUCUAUGCGCUUGUGUACCAAGGUGUUUCGCCGGAGAAGGUUAGAGAGGCAAAUCCAUGGUUCUUCCCUUCCGACGUGUGGAUGAAGGAUGCCUUGGAAAAAGUCGGCUUCCAGGUCGAUAAAAUCGAAACAGAAUAUCGACCCACCAAAUUAACUGCUGGUGCUGGCGGGGGACUGGCAGGAUGGGUCAGACUCAUGGGUUCGCAGUUGCUCGGCGUGCUACCUCCGGAGAAACGGGAGGCAGCGAUUGAGCAGAUCUGUGAUGUGCUCCAGACCGCCGUCACCAGAAUUGAAGAUGGUAGCCAAUGGUUGGGAUAUGUCCGGUUGAGAGGAAUUGCGAAAAGGGUCUAA